UGACUACCAGAGCUCAUUUCUGAAUUGACCAUGUCUGACUUCGAAGCCGCCGCCGCCGCCAUCAAGAACUGGAACCCGGCCUCGUCGCCGUCCAACGACGACAAGCUUGCGCUCUACGCGCUCUACAAGCAGGGCACGGAAGGCGACUGCAACACGUCGCGCCCCGGCAUGUUCGACCUCGCCGGCAAGGCCAAGUGGGAUGCGUGGAACGCCAAGAAGGGCACGAGCAAGGAAGCUGCCCAGGCCGCGUACGUCGCCGAAGUCGCCCGCCAGUUGGAGACGUACAAGUAAAUGUGACGCGCGUUGUCUGUAGAUUUAGCCGCCAUUGAUGCUCCUGGUCUCAAUGCAAACCUCUUUCAUUUGUAA